GUCGAGGUCGCGUGCGUCCAUCGCCUGGUCGACGCCUUCUGUCGGUAGCCACCGUGCGAUGCAUAUACACGCAAUCGCCUCCCGGAUUGCAACCGGCCUGCCCGGGCCGCGCCGGCAGGAGGGCGGGCGGGCGUUAUUUUUCUCGUCCCCUAAAUUUAGAACCCGGGUUGCUCCGCUCGCCGGUCUUCCACGAGGCCGCGGACCGACUACACGGCGCAGGAAACGGCUCUCUCGCCUCUGCGCGCGCAAGAACACCGUAGCCGCGGCGGAAACCGCGACUGUCCUAGCCGGGACCACUGCCUGAGAACACCUUGAAGCGCCGGCUAGACUGCGUGCGUUAUUCUGUGGAGAUCUUCACCGCUGACCUGAAGGAUUUCGAGGAAGUGUGACUGCGCAGUAGCGGUCCUGAGGAAGGUUAAGCCUUUUCGACUACGGGAACAGAGGCUCUAUAGCCUUGCAAAGGAGCGCGCAACCGGCCGUGAUCUGGAGGAUACGUUCCUGGAGUAAACGGUUGCCAUGGGCCCAGAUAUCCUCUGGCGAGGACUCUUCCUCGUCAUCUUGAUGGUCAUCGGGGCUCAGGGCUACGUCCACGACAGCACGGGACGCGUGGGUGCCGGGGCCUGCUAUCGGCUGGAGGAAGGCAAGCGCCUGGUGCUCGACUGCGACGGCCUGUCCAAGCGCUCGGACCGGUUCCCGUUCGCCUGGAUGAAGAACAACCGGCGCUUCCUGCCUUCGAGCAACGGGGAGGUGCGGCUCGAGCAGACGCGCCUCAUCAUCGAGAAGGCGCGCCGAGAGGACGCCGGCGUGUACAUGUGCUCGGACAUGAUGUCCACCGGAUACGGGCAGUCCACCACGGGCCGCGUGCUGCACGUGGCCACCCCCGUGGACCUGGUGCCGUUCAGCCCCCGGCUGGUGGUGCGCGACGGGAGCACGCUGCGGCUGCGCUGCAACGCGUCGGCCGUGCCCCGCCCCGAGGUGUCGUGGUGGAAGGACGGCGAGCCGCUGCCGGGCGGCGGCCGCGUGCGCCUGCUGCACGGCCCGCCGCCGGACAGCCUGCCGCUGGCGCAGCUCGAGGUCAGCUUCAUGGGGGCCGAGGACGAAGCGGUGUACGCCUGCAAGGCGUCGCACCCGGCCUGCGAGCUGAGCGCAACCACCGCCACCAGAGUGUUCGUCAGGAGUGAGUGCUCUCUCUAUGCGUGCCCACGUGAUCACGCCGUUCCUUCCACUCUCAGGUCUCCCUAUAUACGGGAGUCUCGAAGCGAUUCUAGGAGUCUCGCCGACCGGUGUUGUCUCCCAUUGCUCGUCCUCUGCUUUCGUUAUUGGAAACUCGUUAUUUUUCAUACGCGGCGUUACCCAUGAAUCGCUCGAGGUGCUCGGCCAAUCAAAAGCAGCGCCUCCUUUGCCAUCAUCAGUAACUGCGCUCUGUUCUAAUGUCGACGUAUUCGCUGGCGGAACAGCGUCAUUAUGACGCCGGUAUACACAUAAGGCAGAAAUGCAAGACGUGAACAUUUUAUUUAUUUAUUUAUUUAUUUAUUUAUUUGUUUAUUUUUUUAUUUAUUUAUUUAUUUAUUUAUUUAUUUAUUUAUUUAUUUAUUUAUUUAUUUACUUACUUAUUCGUUUGUAUGUUCUUCUGUUAACUUUCAGUGGUCACUCACGUUGGUUUUGGCGCUGAUAGCGUCUUUCUUUUCUUGAAAGGAGAAAUAAAGUACCCAAAAGCAUGUCGAUUCGAACCUCUCCUUAAAACGGAUGCACGGAUUCCUGGAGACACAAUGUCAGAAGUACAUUAUAGGACAUCGAGCUCAGCGCUUUCCAUAUACAAGUUAGCGAGCGCAUAUUCCUUGGCGGGCAAAUCUAUACUCUCGCGGAUACCGAAAUGUUGACAUGGCUGCCUCGUUGAGGACGCAGUCCAGGAGGCCGACUCGGAGAUGUUUUUUGAAGCAGUUAUAAUUAGUUUGCGAACU